AGCCCCCCCCCCUCCUCCGGCACAGCGCGGCGGGGAGAGCUGGCCCGGGCUCCGGGCGCUGUCCUGCGGAUGUCGGAGUAGCGCGAGCCGGCUCAGGAAUGCCCCGGCCGGGCGGCUGGGAGCGGAGCCUCCCGCCGCUGCUGCUGCUGCUGCUGCUGCUGCGCGCGGGGAGCCUGGCGGAGCUCGGGGGCGCAGCCCGAGGCACAAAUUUGUCAGUCUCUGCUGAAUUAAUGCCUACAUCGUCAUGGAACAUUUCAAGUGAACUAGACAAAGAUUACUUCUUGACGCUUGAUGAGCCAAUGAAUAACAUAACCACCACCCUCGGCCAAACUGCAGAACUGCAUUGUAAAGUCUCCGGCAAUCCUUCUCCAACUGUGCGUUGGUUGAAAAAUGAUGCCCCAGUUGUUCAAGAACCCAGGAGGAUAUCUUUUCGUGCAACAAGCUAUGGGUCUCGAUUACGAAUAAGAAACCUUGACACUACGGAUACUGGCUACUUUCAGUGUGUUGCUACUAAUGGCAGGAAGACUGUUUCCACGACCGGCGUGUUGUUUGUGAAAUUUGGUCCCCCACCAACAGCAAGUCCGGGAUCAUCUGACGAGUAUGAGGAGGAUGGUUUUUGCCAGCCAUACAGAGGGAUUGCUUGUGCAAGAUUUAUUGGGAAUCGAACAAUUUAUAUGGAGUCUCUACAUAUGCAGGGUGAAAUAGAAAAUCAGAUUACAGCUGCCUUCACUAUGAUUGGCACUUCCAGUCACUUAUCUGAUAAAUGCUCCCAGUUUGCCAUUCCUUCUUUGUGCCACUACGCUUUCCCAUACUGUGACGAGACCUCACCAGCCCCAAAGCCCCGAGAUCUGUGCCGUGAUGAAUGUGAAAUUCUGGAAAAUGUCCUUUGUCAGACAGAGUAUAUUUUUGCAAGGUCCAAUCCUAUGAUUCUGAUGAGAUUAAAGCUGCCGAACUGUGAAGAUCUUCCUCAGCCAGAUAGCCCGGAAGCUGUAAAUUGUAUCCGGAUUGGAAUCCCCAUGGCAGAUCCUAUAAAUAAAAAUCACAAAUGUUACAACAGUACUGGAGUAGAUUACCGUGGGACCGUCAGCGUAACAAAGUCUGGCCGUCAGUGUCAGCCAUGGAAUUCUCAGUAUCCGCACACACAUACCUUCACCGCCAUCAGAUAUCCAGAGUUAAACGGGGGCCAUUCGUAUUGCCGAAAUCCAGGGAUUCAGAAGGAAGCCCCAUGGUGCUUUACCUUAGAUGAAAAUUUUAAGUCUGAGCUUUGUGACAUCCCAGCAUGUGAUACCAAAGAUUCCAAGGAGAAGAGUAAAAUGGAAAUCCUAUAUAUAUUGGUGCCUAGUGUUACUAUUCCCCUGGCUAUAGCCUUGUUGUUCUUCUUCAUCUGCGUCUGCCGCAACAACCAGAAGUCUUCCUCCCCUCCAGUACAAAGACAGCCCAAACACGUCAGAGGGCAAAAUGUAGAGAUGUCAAUGCUAAAUGCAUACAAACCAAAGAGCAAAGCUAAGGAGUUACCUCUUUCUGCUGUUCGUUUCAUGGAAGAACUGGGUGAAUGUGCUCUUGGAAAAAUCUACAAGGGGCACCUCUAUCUUCCAGGCAUGGAUCAUGCUCAGCUUGUUGCUAUCAAGACAUUAAAAGACUUUAACAAUCCCCAGCAGUGGACAGAAUUCCAGCAAGAAGCAUCUCUUAUGGCAGAACUUCAUCACCCUAACAUUGUUUGUCUCCUAGGUGUUGUGACUCAGGAACAACCCGUCUGCAUGCUUUUUGAGUACAUGAACCAGGGAGAUCUCCAUGAAUUCCUUAUUAUGCGAUCGCCACAUUCAGAUGUUGGGUGUAGCAGUGAUGAGGACGGUACUGUCAAAUCCAGUCUGGACCAUGGGGAUUUCCUGCAUAUUGCAGUUCAAAUUGCGGCAGGAAUGGAAUACUUAUCCAGUCAUUUUUUUGUCCAUAAAGACCUUGCUGCUCGCAACAUUUUAAUUGGAGAACAACUUCAUGUGAAAAUUUCAGACCUUGGACUAUCAAGAGAAAUAUACUCAGCAGAUUACUACAGAGUUCAAAGUAAAUCCCUGCUGCCGAUUCGCUGGAUGCCACCAGAAGCAAUUAUGUAUGGCAAGUUCUCUUCUGAUUCAGAUAUUUGGUCCUUUGGCGUGGUCUUAUGGGAGAUUUUCAGCUUUGGACUCCAACCAUAUUAUGGAUUUAGUAAUCAAGAAGUCAUAGAGAUGGUCAGGAAACGACAAUUAUUACCAUGCUCUGAAGACUGUCCUCCCAGAAUGUAUAGCUUGAUGACAGAGUGCUGGCAUGAUCUUCCAUCUCGGAGGCCAAGAUUUAAAGAUAUCCAUGCCAGACUGCGUUCUUGGGAGGGACUUUCAAGUCACACUAGCUCUACUACUCCCUCUGGUGGAAAUGCCACCACUCAAACAACUUCACUCAGUGCAAGCCCAGUUAGUAACCUAAGUAAUCCUAGAUACCCUAAUUACAUGUUUCCAGCACAGGGUAUACCACAAGGUCAAAUUGCUGGGUUCAUUGGACCACCAAUACCUCAAAACCAGCGAUUUAUUCCAAUCAAUGGAUACCCGAUUCCUCCAGGAUAUGCUGCUUUCCCAGCUGCCCACUACCAACCACCGGGCCCACCCAGGGUAAUUCAGCACUGUCCACCUCCAAAGAGCCGUUCGCCAAGCAGCGCAAGUGGAUCAACUAGCACAGGUCAUGUGACUAGUUUGCCUUCUUCAGGAUCCAAUCAGGAUGCAAAUAUACCUUUGCUAUCUCAUAUGUCAAUUCCAAGUCAUCCAAGUGGAAUUGGUAUAACAGUUUUUGGAAACAAAACUCAAAAACCAUACAAAAUUGACUCAAAACAGUCAUCCUUAUUGGGAGACCCCAAUAUUCAUGGACCUAACGAAUCUAUGAUUUCAGCAGAGUUGUAAAUAAGUCAGGCCUUUGUACAUAUAACUAUUUACAGUACAAAUAGAAAGACGUAGAAAAGAUUUAUAUUCAAAUAUUUUAUUAAAGAUUUUUCUGGUUGUUUAACAGACUUUUGCAACAAGUAUCUUCUGUGAAGUUUAACUGUGUUUAACAGGAUAGGCAGACACCAACCAGAUAAAAAUCAUUGUGGUAUUAGCACGAAACAAUGUGAACUGACAUUUUUUCAAGUACCAAACUAAUGUUUAUUCUAAUAAGGGACAAAAACAACAACAAAAAUUUUGUGAUGACCAUCAUACACUGUCACAGGUGUUUAAAGCUCUGAUAUGGUUUAUAUCAGUGAUUCUCAAAGCUGGUCCGCCACUUGUUCAGGGAAAGCCCCUGGCGGGCCGGACCGAUUUGUUUACCUGCCACGCCCACACGUUCGGCCGAUCACGGCUCCCACUGGCCACGGUUCGCCGCUCCAGGCCAAUGGGGGCUGCGGGAAGCGGCGCGGGCCAAGGGACGUGCUGGCCGCCCUUCCCGCAGCCCCCAUUGGCCUGGAGCAGUGAA